GGGGUCCAUACCCCACUUUGGGGCUCAGCCCCCCACUCUGGGGGUGUGUACCCCUCACUCCGGGGGUCCGUACCCCACUCUGGGGGUCCGUACCCCUCACCCCGGGGGUCCGUACCCCACUCCGGGGGUCCGCACCCCUCACCCCGGGGGUCCCGCCCCCAGGGCGCCGGCGGAACGUGAACUGCCUGCGGCACGCGGUGCUGUGGUACGAGGACCACGGGCAGCGCUGCCCGUACGAGCCGCGGCUGGCGGAGCUGGAGCCCUCGGUGGGGCUCUUCACCACGGCCGUGUGGCAGUGCGAGCGCGGGCACCGCUACUUCCAGGACCUGCACUCGCCCCUGCGCCCGCCCAGCGACUCCGAGGGGGACGACGCCCCCGGCUCUUCCUCCUCCUCCUCCUCCUCCUCGGGGGGGUGCAGCUCGGGCUCUGAGGCAGCUCCGGUUCCGGGGGGGGGUCCCGCGGUGCCCGCCGCCCCCCCCGGGGGUCCCGCCGCCCCCGCCGGGGGUCCGGCCCCCCCCCCCGAGGCGCUGGAGGCGGUGGUCUGCGUGCCCCUGCCCCUGCCCGUGCCGCGGGGGGGGCCGGGCGGGGGCGGCCCCCCCACCCUGCUGCAGGGCCCCCCCCUCCUGAUCCUGGCCGGGCCCGGCUGCGAGGCCCUGGGGGGGCUCCAGCUCGGCCUGGGCGGGGCCCAGGUGCUGCUCGAGGGGGGCGGCGCCUUCCCCGCCCCACCUGAGGAGCCACACCUGGCCAAGACAGAGGAGGAUGAGGAGGACCCGGUGCUGAGGCUGAAGCAGGAGGAGCUGCCCCCACCCCCCGCCGAGCCCCCCCCUCCGGAGCCCCCCCGGGAGCCCCCCCGGGACCCCUCCCCAGCCGAGGAGCCCGAGGGGUCGACGAUCAUCUACGAGAUCCCCAAAGAGCCAGAAAGGUCGGGGGGCUCUGCAGGCCCCGGCGGAGCCGACGGGGCCGCGCCCCCUCCCCAGACCCCGAGGACCCCCCCCGAGCCCCUGAGCUGCCCCUACAGCACCUGUGCACAGGAGUUCAGCACCCUCAGCAGCUUCCAGAGCCACCUGAGCCAGGUGCACUGCAGGGCCCGGAGCCAGGUGUGCCCCCAGCCCGGCUGCGGGAAGAGCUUUCACCUGGCCAAGCACCUGCGGCGCCACAUGGGCGUGCACUCAGGUGUGCGGGAGUUCACCUGUGACACCUGCAGCAAAUCCUUCAAGCGCAAGAACCACCUGGAGGUGCACAGGAGGACACACACCGGGGAGACCCCCCUGCAGUGCGAGGUGUGCGGGUACCGGUGCCGCCAGCGCGCCUCCCUCACCUGGCACAUGCGGAGACACGGGGGGCUCCAGGGUCACCCCGAGCCCCGCGGCACCUAGGGACCCCCCGACUCACCUGGGACCCCCCCGACUCACCUGGGCCCCCCUGGACUCACCUGGGCCCCCCUGGACUCACCUGGGCCCCCCUUGGGCUCGCCUGGGGCCCCCCUGGACUCACCUGGACCCCCCGAUGUUCCUGCAGCUGCACCUGGAAGUGAAGAGGAACCACCUGGGGGGGUCCUGAGCCCCUCCCCGGGACACCCCCAGCACCUGAGGGUCCCCUCUGGACUGUCCCGUCCCCCCCCAGGUGACCCUGUGCCCCCCUCUCACCUUUUAUUUAUUUCCUUAUUGUCGCUUGUCACCCCCCUGGGGACACCUGGGGGUUUGGG